AGUGUACAACACUCGAUGUACACCGGCACGGUAUCGUGUACUGUGCAGUGUACAUAAGUGCAUAAUAAAUGUUUUUAAGAAUAAUGCCCGGUGCAUAUGUAGUGUUUAAAAUGAUGUUCGGUAAAUAUAACAAACAUUAUUAUACCGUUUACUGGCACGCCGCGAAAUUUCAAGAACUUUACUCGGAUAAUCGUUCUAUAGACGAGAUAUGAUUCUUGUUCGUAUGAUAUCUAAAUGUGGCAAACGUAUUGGAGUUCAUAGUCUCAAGCCGGCAAAUCAAACAAGUUGAGAAAAAAAUAAACACACGUUGCGAAGAAAGAGAUGAUCGGCAUAAACAAUGUUGUAACGUCUACGCUCAUUAGACGCGCGUUUGCGUGGAAGGGAUAGAGUGUGAGACGAAAUCAGGAUGAGAAUUAUUUUGUCAACGAUCGAUCCGCGAACGCGGCAUAGUAAUAAUAAUAAUAAUAAUAUGAACGGUGCGGACCGUUUCGCAUCGGCAGGGCGUUGCGCAGCAGCAUCGUCGAAAUCGGCAGCCCGGUCACAUGGUCGUCGAUAGUCUGCGAUAACGGAAUGAAAAGCAGCAGCAGCAGCAGUAGUAGUAGUAGUAGAACAAUAAUGAUGGUAGGGCUGCUGAUGCGUUUUCGUAAUAUUAGUUCAAACCCGAUCCGUUCCUUCGAUCAGUCUUGCGUUUGAUCGGCCGGCUCGUGGUCCGCUCUGGUUGAGACGUCUUCUCGCUGCCGCUGUCUUCAUUGCUGUUGGUGCUGCCGCUGUUUACGAAGUCACAGGUACCCACGGUCUUACCCCUAUUAAUCAAAAACGUUUUAAAUGGUAACGGCCCACGGUUCUGCCUUUCGUGUAUUCGAGUAAAUGGUACGUACGAGCACACCGUUGCACUGCCGUUCACGUCUGACCACACGAUUUCUUUGACGGCUUGUCUUCGAUUUUUUUGAAAAGAAAAAAAUACAUUUAAUCUCCCCACGAGGCCAUGGCUAACAAAAUGCGGUCCAAGAACCCUCCGGAGAAGAAGACGCCGUCGGCUCCGGUGAUUAACAAGCGACCCCCGGACGGUGGUUGGGGCUGGUUUGUCGUGUUCGGAUCGUUCAUGAUACACGUCGUCACUGAUGGAGUAACUUAUUCAUUUGGCGUUCUAUACACAGAAUUCUUAGAAGUUUUCCAAGAAAGUAAAGGAGCAACUGCAUGGAUUGCAUCUUUAUUGGUUGGAGUUACAUUAUGCUCAGGACCCAUCGCUAGUAUUUUUGUAAACAAAUACGGUUGUCGUGCGGUGACCAUUGCUGGAGCCAUACUUGCUAGUAUUUGCAUGAUGGCCAGUGUAUUCGCCAACAGUGUGGUAAUUCUGUACUUAACUAUCGGAAUCGGAACAGGUCUGGGCUUCGGCAUGAUCUAUCUGCCAGCCAUCGUGAGCGUGACGUGCUACUUCGACAAGUACCGGUCGCUGGCCACCGGGAUCGCGGUGUGCGGUUCCGGACUGGGCACGUUCAUCUUCUCGCCGCUGGUCGAUCACCUGGUGAAGGGGCACGGCUGGAGGGUCACCGUGGCCGUCAUAUCCGGCCUGGUGAUGCUGUGCACGGUGUUCGGCAUGCUGUUCCGGCCGCUGACCGGCACCGCGGCCGACGACGACAGCGGCGACGACGACGCGGCCGACAGGCCGGCGCUGACCAACGGGGCCGCCGCCGCCACGGUCGUGCUGAACAUCAUCGAACCGCCGGCGGCCGAGAACCAGCCGCUGCACAACAGCGUCGGUUGCGGCAGCGUGGACGCGGCCACCCGGUCGUACGACCACCUGCCCAACUCGGACGACGACGACGAGUGGCGCGCCGCCGGCCACGACCCGGUUGAGAUGUCUCACGACGCGCUGCUGCUGCAGUCGGACGACAGGCGGUCCGGCAAGGGGUCGACCGCGGCCGCGACCAAGGCGGCGGCCGACGCCACGGCCGCGUCGUUCGGCAACGAUCUGGACAGGCAGUCGCGGUUCACGCUCAGCCAGCCCGAGCUGAUCGCCGCGUCCGCCGGCCGGCACAGCUGUCGGCUCAACAACCGGCAGCGGAACGAGGUGUGCUACGCCAGCCAGAACCUGAAGCCGUCCGCGAACGGCGGCAGCACCAGCGGUAUCAUGUACCAGAAGGACAUAUUCUACAGCGGCAGUCUGGUCAACAUAAACGCGAACCGCAGGAGAACCAUUUCACAGUCGACCAACGCCGGUGCUUAUGCCGCUGAAAUGACCAAUGGAAUCAUAGAGAGUGACCAAUUCUCGGACGGUAUCUGUUGCUCCGCCGACGCCAAGAGUACCAUAAAGCAAAUGUUGGACUUCUCACUGCUUAAAGAUCCCGUCUUCAUACUGUACACAAUAUCAAACUUCUUGACUAGCAUUGGCUUCAACAUACCGUACUUGUACUUAGUGCCUCAAGCAGGUCAAAUGGGUAUACCAUCUAAACAAUCAAGUUAUUUGUUAGCAUUAUUGGGCAUCGCCAACACAUUGGGUAGGAUCAUACUCGGAUUUAUAUCAGACAAACCGUGGAUAAACAGGCUCAUGGUAUACAAUCUGUGUUUGGCAAUUUGUGGUAUAGCUACAAUGCUGAGUACAUUCUGCACGGACAUACUCUCGUUAUCGUUGUACACGAUCACUUUUGGAUCCACAAUUGGUGCGUACGUGGGUCUAACGUCAGUGAUCUUGGUGGACCUGCUGGGCCUAGACAAAUUGACAAAUGCUUUUGGAAUACUGUUGAUGUUCCAAGGUAUCGCCUCGCUCGUCGGACCACCCAUAGCCGGGUGGCUGUACGACGUGACCGGCUCGUACAACCCGGGAUUCUACCUUUCUGGAUCGAACAUCGCCGUCAGCGGUUUAAUGCUGUUCAUCAUACCGUACGUACAACGUCGAUGCGAACGAAAGGAACUGAAGAAAAUGACUGCAGUAGUAAAUAAUUAACGCGUAAUGACGGACACAGACAGACACACCCUCACUUACACACACACAAUGUACUCCUAUACGAAUUGUUAUAAAUGUUACGUUAAAUGGGAAAAUAUAUAUUUAUAUAUUUUAUAUAUAUAUAUAUUUUUUAAAAAAAAGAAAAGAAAAGAAAAGAAAAAAAGCCAUCGACAAAAAUCAAAUCUAUUAUAUAGUUAAUUAUAUUAUAUGCGUUAAAACAUGCCCCCAGGACUGUAACACGCAGAGGGCGUUUAUAUUUUGUAUUUUCAUUAUUUAUUAUAUUUUUUUUCUCUGCUCCGCGGGGAGAUUCCGUUGCCGCGUUUUCCUGUUUGGAAUUUUGCUCAAAAUAUAUUUUAUGUGAAUAAUAUAUUAUACGAUAUGUUUACAUUUAAUAUUAUUGAUAUAAUUUCAUCGUUUUUUAGUUUUAACCGCGAAUUUGUGUUCCCGGCAAACAAGCGUAGACACAUUGUGUGAUACACACAAGUAUAUAAUAUAUAAUUCAUAUGUGUAUUUACUUAAGUUUUAUUUUCAGUUACAUUUUCUUAUUACACAUUUGUUAUAAAAAUUACAUAAUAUGGAUUUUUCUAUUUCUUUUGUUACUGAUUUAUUAACGCAUUGAUUUUUUGCAUUUACCAAAUAUAUCAAUCAAAAAAUCAUUGAAUUCAUCAGUUAUAUAUAUUUUAGCCACAAAUAUGUGUAUUUUUCAUAUGACCAAAACAUACAUAAUAUUAUUAUAAUUAAAUACUGUACCCAUAAUACUAAUUAAAACGAACGAUUCUGAAAUAACUUUAUAACCGAAUAAUCUAUUUAAAUUAAUAUUCAACAAAUGAUUCCUACUAAAUAUUAAUCAUAAAUAUAUAAUAUUAAUCUAACGAAAAUUAAACUAUUUUAGAAUGGAUCGUUAAUUUUUCAAAUAUUUUCAGACAGUGAAAAACGAAUUUACCGGUGAUUUUAUAAGCUACUCAAUUAAUUCUUUAAUUGAUCUCUAAGAUAACCGAAAAUCAAUUGUCUGGUCGAUCGAUACUCAUUUAUUAUUGCUAAACAUACCUAAUAGUUUUUAAAAUAUUUUAAUCUCUUAAAAAAAAGACUCGUUUACAUUAUACUCUUGUACGCUGCCAGCGGAAACAAUAUUCAUAUUUUAUUUACAUAAUUCGCUCGUAGGUAAUGUUUCAAUAAAUCAAUACUUCAAUAUCGUUGUGUAGUAGUAUACAACGUAAUAAGUACAAAACUACAAACAUACACAAUAUUACAAUAUUCAUUAUUAUGUUUUAAAUAUUAUUGAUAAAAUUAAGUAUAUAGGUAUUACUGUGUUAAAAAAUAUGUUUGCAAGUGACGGUUUAGAUGAUAUGUGGACGACUGCACUUGUCUAUCUAAAACGUUUUAGUAAUAUUAUUCGACACAUUAACUUUAACUUGUAUAAAACGGGCGAAAAAACCGUCUCCCAAUGUUUUUUCGAUAGUCGACUACGAAUUUAGCACAUCGCGUUAUUAGUCUCAAUGUAAUAUUAAUAGCACCAAUUAUAUUAAACAUUUUUAGAUUUAUGUGUUUGUAUUUUUUUUUCGGAAACAUUGCUAGACAAGUUUAACAUGCAAGCGGCCAUACACACUCUUAUAUUCGUGCUUAAAUUUGUAGUAUGACUAAACUAUUUUUAUUAUUCCACAAAAAAAAAUGUACCUAAAGUACACGUUUUUCCGUUUUGGAAACACCCGAGUGUUGAUUUGUCGCAGAUGAGUAUUACUAAACAGUAAUUAUUAUUUUUAAUAUUAUUAUUAUUGUUAUUAUUAUUAUUUUAAUUAUUAUUAUGAUUAUAAUUUAAUAUUUGUAUAAAUUAUAUCGCGGUCGUCCACGCGAUUUAACAAUGUGUACCGUACUCAUUUGCUGUCGGAGCGACUUAUUAUUGUAUUAUUAUUACUAUUAUUAUUACUAUUUUUUUUCUCCCAUUAGAAAAAAAUGUAUCAUUUAUUAAUGUAUUGAAUUCGCCAUAUCGUAGUUAAACUCGACAAUAUGUGUCCCUUAGUUAUUUUAUUUUAUAUAUUUUUGUUACAUGGUACAAAAUCAUGAAGAAAAAAAACUGAGAGGCCAAUUAUUUAAUGUUAAGUAUUAACUAUGUAUAUAAGGAGUUAUUGUUAUUUUAAGCAUUAUAAUGUGCAGGAAUAUUUUUAAUAAACGCUUUUUCGAUGUACAAAA